CAUAAAUUUUACAGUAGUUAUAAAGUAGUUUUCUCUGCAGCUAACCUAUAUCUGUUGCCUUGGUUCCAAAGUAUCUUACUUUUAAGAGCAACUGCGAUGUUUGACGUCAUUUCUAAUAAAAUAGCGCAUUCAUAUUAAUGUGCAUAUUUUACAUUAGUGUACAAGUUCAAUUAAGAAGAACAAAUGUAAUAUAUUGACUUGAAUAUUAUCUUAAUUCUUUCUCUCAGUGCUUUUCUUACAAUUGAUCGUCUCGUACACGUGUAGAUUACAUUGUUGCGUAAGAUUUUGAAGAUAAAGUAAAAUUUACCUUAAAGUACAGUAAGAGUGGAAAAGUCUCGAGAGCACUUGGAGAUAAUAAAUGUAGGAUUGGACGCGGUCAAGUUCCAAAGUGCAAGUACUCAUUUUCGUAUUCUUAACGAAUAUUUCGCGAGUGCACGAAAUCCAGAAAGAAAUUAUGCCGCCUCUAACGAAGCUGCCACCGAUAGCAAGGUUGUCUAAUAAGAUAAUUCGGAUCCUGGGCUGCAAUCCUGGACCGAUGACACUGCAGGGCACCAAUACUUAUCUCAUAGGCACAGGGCAUAGACGUGUACUGAUCGAUUCUGGAGAAGCGAAGACGAGCGAGGCCUACACAAAAUUACUGAAUCAGGUAUUGCACGACGAGAACGCGACCAUCCAACAUGUGCUGAUUACCCACUGGCACCCAGAUCACAUCGGUGGUGUGGAAUCCGUGCGGAGUCUACUGAAGAAGCUGUUUCCACGAGGCGAUCCACCCAUUGUAUGGAAGUUGCCACGUACACCCGACGACUUUGAGGAGAAGCCCAUCCACUGGCAGCCUCUCAAGGAUGAACAGGUCGUGGAGGUCGAAGGGGCGAAGCUCCAGGUGAAGUACACACCUGGACACACAACCGAUCAUGCGUGCCUGCUGUUGCAAGAUGAGAACGUUCUGUUCAGCGGUGACUGUAUUCUUGGUGAGGGCACAACAGUGUUCGAGGACCUGCACGAGUACAUAUUGUCGUUGGAGAAGAUCCUAAAGAUGCAGCCAAAGACGAUUUACCCGGGCCACGGCCCGGUCCUGGGCGAUCCCGUGCCGCGUAUUCAAUAUUAUAUCAAACACAGGCAGCAGAGAGAAGCAGAGAUCUUACAGAUGUUGGAGAAGCAAGAGAAUAACAAACCUAUAAGUGACAUUGAUAUUGCGAAGCAGAUGUACAAGGACACUCCUGAGAAACUGAUGUUAGCUGCGGUAUAUACUGUAAGACACCAUCUUACCAAGCUACAGAAGGAGGGAAAAGUGCUCCAGAACGAAGAUUGUGAUUGGUACAGAGUUAAAGGGAAACUAUGAACUUCUGUUCACUUAUCUGCUAAAUAAGUGAACAGAAAGGUGCUAGGCAAAUUCCAAGAUACUAAGAAUAUAAAAAAUUAACACUAGGAAAAGACGGAAGAUUUUUUACGAUGAAAGUCUCACGUAAGGUUUAAUUAUCGUACGGUAUAUCGUUGUGAAACAUUUAUUCAACUCACAGGGGUAAAUACAUCGUUACGAAUUUCUGUCAAAGUUAGGCUGAUAACUGUUAUUAUCGAUGUGCGUACAGCGAGAAGAGUACACGUUGACGACAAUUUCACGAGGUACAUAUCGCAAGUAGUACACAAAUUAUGUUCCAAGUGUAGGCGGUUCAUUAGUCAUCGCGUGCGACUACCAGCACAUCACAACUUUCAAUAUAAAAUAUAUAUAUAUAUGUAAUGUAUAUGUAUAUAUAUAUUUGUGUGUAUAUAUAUCUGGCUACAAAGACACGUUGUUGUUGCGACAAUAAAUGUUUCGUUAUAUUUUUCAUUAUAAAAUCUCUUUCUUUUUCCUUCCCAACUUAUCCCCUUCUCUCUCCUUCUCUCUCUCUUUCUCCUUCUCUCUUCCUUCUAUUAGCUAAUAUAAUCUUGGCGAGUAUUAGCACCCCUCAUCUUGAACAAGCGGGGAAACCCCGAGAAAAUUCGAUGUUACGAUAUACGUACACCGGUUGCCGCUAAAGUGCGAAACGGUCGAGUGCUUAUGAGAGUUUGGAGAGUCGAUGACUAAUGAGUUUCCUAGUAUCUAGGAAAAUGCGAGGAGAUACGCAAUUAUAUAAAUACAAGCUAAAAGUAUAGAUGUCCGAAGAAUUACAACACGAAGAGAAUUAGGCCCUUUAAAAGUCGAAAUAUUUAAGGUUCUACGAUUGGCAGAAUUUAAGCAUUUGGUGAUUUUUGGAUUCUUGAAAGUCAAGAAUCUCAAAAUUCGCAAGAAGUCCUAGAAUCAAAGAUACAUUAAUUUUACUAAUUUGCCGUAUUAGGUAGCGGUUGAAAUUUUGCGGCGCGCUUUAGUUGCAUCCGGUAUAUAGUAAUUGUACGAACAUAUAUUUUUAGUAAGCUCACUUUGCCAUUUAAUCCACCCUUUUACUCUCUUUGGAUAAACGUAAAAAAUAUAUAUUUAUUUAUAUAUAUCUAUAUAUAUAUUUAUAUAUAUACUAUCUCAACUAUUCUGACAUACAAUUGAAUCUCUCACUCUCUCCCUUUCGCUCUGUCAUUUUUAUUCAGCUAUAAACUAGUGAUAAACAUCAAUGCAAUCACAUAACUCUAUUAUCAUCAUCAAAUAUACUAAAUAACAAAAGAGAAGA